AAGGUUUAGUUCUUUAUUCACAUAGUGAACAUCUACGAGCUUUGUUAGAUCCUAUCGCGAGGAUGGCCAGUUCAGCACUGAGGAGGUUCUUUGUGUACGGGACCCUCAAACGCGGGGAACCCAAUCAUCACGUGCUGACUCGGCCGGAAAAUGGCGUCAGCAAAUUCGUGGGUUGCGCCGAGACAACCGUGAAACUUCCUCUGGUCAUUGGCACUCGCUACAACAUUCCAUUCUUGCUGAACAAGCGCGGGACUGGACACUUUGUCAGGGGGGAGGUGUAUGAGGUGGAUGAUGCAAUGAUGGAGAAACUGGAUGAACUCGAGGGAUACCCAGAGUUCUACGACAGGGAGAUUCAGGACAUGAAGAUCCUGGAUGAUGGAGAAGGAAAACUACUCCCUUGCUGGGUCUAUCUCAUUCGCAACUACCCUGAACACCUCCUCAACUUCGAGAUGCUCACCGAAUACAAAGACACUCCGGAGAAGAGAUACUGCGAAAGCUACAAUGAAAGCACUCCAGAAGAUCUGCGCGAAGGUAUCCAAACUGACCUGAAGAAGUGAGUUUUCCCGGGAUUUUGUUCAGCCAUGUGGUUCAUCCAAUUGGCCUAAUUUUUGGGGCAUAUUAUGCUCAAAUAGAAGUGGAAUGAGAAAUUAAUUAAAAUGCCAAUCUGGCCAAAA